AAAUGCAGUUAGUAUUAGAAGAGAGGUGAGAGGUCACAGUAGGAAAUACUGGGCUGUGAUUGGCUGAAUCGAUUGUGGCUUGCUGAUUCUUGAAAAAGCGAGAACGUGGAACCCAAGCUUGGCCGAAACAGCAGCAGCAAGCAACACACAGCAUCCCCAUCAUCACCACCACCACCAGCAGCUGCAUCAGUUGAAACAGCAGCAGCAGCAGCAAAAGUCAGUACUUGCUGACGAAAGACUGCACUUAGUUGUGCUGACGGUUUAGGAAGGAAAAUUUAUAUUGGAAAAAAAAAGGAGAGAAAAAAAAAGAACAUUACAUACACCCCCUUUGCAUACACACACACACACACACAUGUAAACGAGAAGGGGGUAGGAAAUAUUGAAAAGAGAAACAAGAGAAAUCCGAACCAACCAAACAACCGAAAGAACUGCACUAAUUUCUAAAGCAAGAAAUUAUUAGACGUGUAAGGAAUUACCAUUAAUACCACUUCAACUAUUACUGCUGCUACAAAUAGAAAAACGGUAAUUACUGGUACUGAAAGUAAACCAUAAUUAUUAUAACAGAAUUGUUUAUAAAACGCUAACAAUUUUAAGUAGUAACAAUUACAGCAGUAUUAUUAUUGUUAUUAUUAUUAUUAUUAUUAUUAUGACUGAACCGAAAGCGAAGAAGUGGAUAUUUAAAGUAUAAUAUAUGCAUUUAUACACACACCUCUAAAUAUAAAACAUAUAUAUCCACAAAAAAUAUAUCUAGAAAUAUUUAGAUAUAUCAUUAACUAAAAGCAAAAUAGCAACAGGAAGAAUACAAAACAACAGUAAUUUUAACAGCAACUGAAGCCUGUGAAUUUCCGUGGCUAUCCUCAAGCUUCCUACAUAUUCAUUCAGUCUCUCUCUCUCCACCACCUCUCUCUCUCUCUCUCUCUCCCUCCCUCCCUCUCUCUCUCCUUUAUAUAUAUAUAUUUAUAUAUAAAAUUUCAUAACGAACUCUAGUGUGCUUUACACUUAUUCUACUUCUCCGGCUGGUGAAAAAUAGACAGCCACCAGUUAAGUCGUUUCUGCUGUUAAAAAUCUUAUUCUUCAGCUCCCACAUUUUUUUUUUACCUCCUACAACCAAGGAAGGACCUUACUACGCGACACAUUUUCAUUUACCAAAUAUCUUUGGACUUCAGAUUUUUUAUUCUAUCAAAGGAUAUUUUUUGCGUUGCUUUCCGAUUCACAUUUUUUUUUAUACAUAAUCACACACAUCGAAACACGCACACUGACACACAAUAAAAUACUUGCAGGCAUGCAUACGCAUAUCAACAUAUAGAUAGAGCUUCAUCACAAUAUAAGCCCACAUGAAAUAAGUAUACAUACUACCGGAGAUAUAAACCUACAUACUUGCUUCUGUCUAGUAGUCUAUUCUCUCUCUCUCUCUCUCUUACACACACACACACAUUCUUCCUCAUAUAUAUAUAUAUAUAUAUAGUUUUAGCAACAAAUUAGGAACACACUUUUCUGAAGGAAUAUAUUGGAUGUAUAGUAAUAACAUACACCUGUAUAAAUAGAGGCACAUGUAUAUAUAUAGAGGCAUGUGUAUAUGAUAUGGAAGGAGGCACCGACUGCCAAAACAGUCACUGAGCCUCGUAUGACAUGGCCAUAACAAUAUAACGUGCAAAACGUAUCAGCACUUUUGUCUCUGAGUCCGAGUGCUUCUGCUGCAAAGUGCACGUGCCUGUAUGUUAGAUGCAUGCAAAUGCCUAUUUGGAGGCAUGUGUGUGAAUGAGUGGAUGUGCGUGGGCAUGAAUGAAAUCGCCUGCUCGUAUUUAGUGUGUAUUUAAAAGACGUGUCGCUACCAUUUACAUACAUAAAUAUACAUACAUACAUACACACCAUAUAUAUACAAAUAUAUAUAUAUUGAUUGUAUAGUUAUGUGUGUUUACGCAAGUAUAUGUAAUUAAAAUCUAAUGUAAUUGAUAUACUAUAUUCUAAUCUCUAUGUGUAUCUACUCAUAAAAUUUAUAUAGAAAUGGAGAGGAAAAAAAUCUCGUUUACCCCGGAUCUAUGGAACAUGUAUUGUACCAAGUUAAACAGAUGAUGUCCUGCUGAUCACAUUGUUGAUAUUUUUUAACCACGGAUUAAUAUUUAUGGAGAAAAAAAAGAAAAGAUAAAAUACGAAAAAAAAAAAAGAAAUUAAAUUUCACUCCAAAAUAUCGUCAGGAUGAAACAACACGACAACAACAAAAAAAAUUAGGAAAAGCAACAUCUAGUCUAACACUAUCACAAGUGUAACAGCAUUAUUACACUACAUUGUAACACGAAGACAUUAUUAUUAGUAGUAGUAUUGCUGUUGUUGUUCUAAAUGCAACUACAGCAACGAUAAAAUAUAUUCCAAAUAAUUUCUGUGAUUAUCCUGCGAUACAAUCUAUUCACAUCUUGGACCAUAUCUGCAUUUGUGGUUAUCUAGCAGAUCAUUUUACCAACACAAGAUGAGACACUUCCAGACGACGUGAGGUCAUCAUAACGUAUGCCCUGUGCCUAGAGCUGUGAUUUGCAACCGACAAUUAAUUACCAAGUCGGAUAUGAAUUAAAAAAAUCUACAAAUGAAACCAACCAAGAGAUAAUAUUACUAUUUCAUAAUGGAUGGCAAUUCUAAGAGUAAAAAUAGGGAGUCUCGAACUCACAGGGCACGCCGAGCCAAAAAUUCGGGAAGCAGAACUUACAGCUCUUCAGAUGAAGAUUUUCACUCGGAUGAUAACCUUCGUCCCUAUGAGGAAGUUAAAAUCGCACACCAUGACAAAAAAUUGUCUGGCUUAGUAAGGUACUCAAGGUAUACAGGCUGGCCAGCCGGCGCAGCACCUCCUUCUGUUAUGGCUUAUGGGGCCUGCCCACUGCAACAGUGCAAUGCAGACCAGAGUCCAACAAUGGCACCAGAUGAUAUGGCCGACUUCUAUAACUAUGCAAGCGCUGGGUCAGACGGUGACAUCGAGACAGACUACGGCAUAUCUUCCUCACACCCCCGGUUCAGUCACCGGCAAAAAUCAACUAACGCAUCCCACCACCAUAUAGACUCUGAGAGUUCGUCUCUCUCCUCUUCAGCUGGCCUUGCUAGUAGCCACUUGAAAGACGCAAAUGUCUGCGCGAAACUCUCUGAUUCAGACGGCACCGAUCAAGAAACUGCUACCAUACAUUACGGCCAUGCAGGAACAUUACAGUUACCACCACCAUCUUUACCUCCACCUCCACCUCCACCCCCAAUUGAAGACAUUCCCCAAAGAAGUCCUGUUGCAUCAACGCGAAGGAAGUCCUUUGGUCCUUCACAGCGUGGAAACUAUUCGGAGGUGGAGAACACGUGUCGCAGAUGCAACUAUUCUGAAGGAGAAGGUGACUUUGAGCAACAUUAUUUGGUGCAGACCACAUCAAGUAAUGUAUUCUUGCCACCAGAUGCUCAGCCAAGGUUCCCACGAACUGUUCCUCCUGCCAGACAAGGGUCAGUUGGUCAGGGACAGUACCAACAAGUUUCAGGAUCUGAUUAUCCCAGACACUUCCAGAAUGGCGAUCCUAAUGCCAUGAAUCAAGCCACACUAGAUAGACACACUUACACGUUCCCCCAGUUUGCUGCCACAGCGACAACGGUGACAACAUACCCUCCACCACCUCAGGACUAUACAGUAUGUUAUUCCAAAUUUAGCAACGCCAGCCAUCGGGUUAAGAAACAGUUAAAGCAACGCUGCAGUUGGAAGUGUAUGGCCUUGCUCCUGCUUAUCAUCUCGGUCGCUUUACUUGCCUGUGUAGCCUAUUUUGCAGCCAUGUUGGUAUUUGAAGAGAAAGAGCGAGUUGCCAAUGAUGCAAGUCCCCAAUAUAUCGACGGUGCCUUUAAUACGUCUCGCGGCAGUGGUGGUGGUUACAGUACUGCUGGGGGAGGUAGUCGAGGUUCCUCAUCUACAACUGCAUUGCCAAGCCCUUCAAUUGUGCAUCUUGGCCAACUCCAACAACUGAAGAUUCCACCCAAAUCGUUUUGGCAGUCAAAGUUUGAACAACUUGACCCAGGUUUUAUCAAGAUCAACUUUACCAUCCCUGAUCAUGCUGUACUAGGUAUAUACGGACGGAAAAACCUACCGCCAACACAUGUCCAAUUUGAGUUUUUUGAAAUUUUCAGUGGCUCGAGACUGGUGAAAAGGUCACUACCUUGGAGAGAUAGCGCAGGCAAGAACACAGCUAUCAUCCAAUACUUGACUGCAGGAGUGUGGUACUUUGCCAUCUACAAUGACAACAUCAAACCACAAAAGGUGGCAUUUGUCACCAAUGUAAAAGGUCAUCUAGACACAAAUUGUCUGCAUGAUUGCUACCACCAUGGAGAAUGUAAAAAUAAAAGAUGUAUAUGUUACCCUGGAUACUCUGGCAAAUACUGUGGCCAAAAUACAUGUCCUGUAUUGUGCAAUGGUAACGGUUAUUAUAAUGAAGGUUUAUGUCAAUGCCAUCCAGGCUGGAAGGGACAAGAGUGUGAGAUUCCAGCCAAUGCUUGUGAAGUUCCUGACUGUAAUGGAAAUGGAGAAUGUGUUCAUGGUCAAUGCAUCUGCAAUAAUGGUUAUAAAGGUCCAGAUUGCAGUGUUCUGGACUGCAUAUACAACUGCUCUAGCAAUGGCAUAUGUAGCCUGGGUCGAUGCAUAUGUUUCCAGGGCUAUAAAGGUCCUAGUUGUAACCAGCAGGACAUUAUUAACCUUGAGCAUCUCUGCUCUAAGGACUGCUCAGGUCAUGGUACCUAUAACAUUAAGACGGACCAAUGUAACUGCGAUUGGCACUUCACUGGUGAAAAGUGUGAAACAGAAGUCUGUCUUUUGGACUGUUUCCAUGGUUACUGUGAGAAUAAAGAGUGUGUUUGUCACAAUGGCUGGACUGGACCCCUCUGUGACAUGUUGGCUUGUGAUCCUCGCUGUGAUAGUCAUGGCUUCUGCAACAAUGGAACUUGCAUCUGCAAAACUGGAUGGAAUGGGAAACAUUGCACUUUAGAUGGUUGCCCUGGUGAAUGUAAUGAAAAUGGGGACUGCCAAAAAUAUCUGGAAGGCUGGAAGUGCAGCUGUAACAAAGGAUGGAAAGGAAAAGCUUGUGACAUUGCCAUUGAAACGGCUUGUGAGGAUCGUGUUGACAAUGAUAAAGAUGGCUUACGCGACUGCCAGGAUCCAGAUUGCUGUGAUAGUAGAGUUUGUAAAGGAGACUCAAACUGCAAAACAUCACCAGACCCAUUAGAUAUACUUUUGAGAAAGCAGUCGACCAGUACAACCGCAUCGUUUUUUGAGAAAAUGAAGUUCCUUAUAGAGAAUAACAGUGUGCAGACCUAUGCUACCAGACAUGCCUUCAAUGAAAGCCAAGUAUCCGUGAUUAGUGGAAGUGUGCUGACCAGAGAUGGAAGUUCCCUUAUUGGUGUGAGAGUAGGAGUAGUCACUCAACCGCUUUAUGGAUAUACAUUUACUCGAGCUGGAGGAAGGUUUGACAUUUUAGUCAAUGGUGGUGGCUCAGUGACACUACAGUUCAACAGAGAGCCGUUUCCUGCUCAAAGUGCUAGCGUUCUCGUACCUUGGAACCAAAUUAUAACAAUGGACACAGUGAUCAUGACUUUGGAAGAUGAUGACUGGAUAGCACCAAAUCCAAUCCUGUGCAAUGUUGAACACCAAUACUAUCUGCUACGGCCAGUUGUCCUCUCAACUUGGCAACACACCCAACUUGGUGCCUGUCCAGAGAAGACCACUAUCAUCCCAGAGUCUCAGGUACUACAGGAGAGCUUGUCCAUUCCUCACACUAAUGUUCAUUUAGUCUAUCACAGUAGUGAAUCUGCCGGAUAUAUGUCGGUUAUUUUGAUUCAGAUGACGCCUAGCAGGAUCCCAGAAUCCUUAGCUGUGGUGCAUCUGAGAGUGUCUGUAGAAGGAAUUGUUAUGGAGAAGGUCUUUGAAGCUGAUCCAAACCUCAAGUAUACUUUUUCUUGGAAUCGUCGAAAUGUUUACCGCCAGAAAGUUUAUGGUAUUGUUACAGCCAGAGUGUUUGUUGGGUAUCAGUACCAAAAUUGUCAUUACAUCUUUUGGGAAGCUCGGAGUACAACAAUGAGUGGCUACGAUUUAACAUCUUCUGAGAUUGGUGGAUGGAAUCUGGAUAUUCACCAUACAUAUAACUUUCAGGAAGGAAUCCUGCACAAAGGUGAUGGCACCAACAUUUACCUGAAAGAGAAACCUAAAAAACUUGUUAACAUUCUUGGAAAUGGUUCCCGUCGCAAACUACUUGGAGACAACUCUGAUGGGAAGGCACUGGACAAGCAGCUGCUUGCACCAGUGGCCCUUGCAAGUGGACUUGAUGGGAGCUUGUACGUAGGCGAUUACAACCUGAUACGCAAACUGUCUCCAAGUAGAGAAGAAGUGGCUAGUAUCUUGCAGAUGAGCACAUCAUCCAUAGCCUAUAAAUAUUACAUGACUGUGAGUCCUGUUGAUGGCCGCCUCUACAUAUCAGACUCUAUGAGUCAUAAGAUUCUGCGAGUAAAGACAAUGGGUCCAGUACGACGCCUUGAAGAAAACUUUGAAGUCAUUGCUGGUAAUGGGGAAGAAUGUACACCUGGGGAGACUGCUCUCUGCGGGGAUGGAAGCUUGGCUGUGAAAGCUCGCUUAAGUCAUCCUAAAGGUAUUGCAAUCAACAAAGAUGGUGUCAUCUACUUUGCUGAUGGUCCCAAUAUUCGCCAUGUCAGUACCAAUGGCCGCAUCAGCACUCUGAUUGGUUCUCAAGAACUGGUUGGUAAAUGGACACCAUUGCCAUGUGAUGAAAUUGUAUCUGCCGACAAGGUGAGCCUUCGUUGGCCAACUGCUUUGGCCAUUGACCCUCUGGAUGAUACGCUUCACAUUCUCGACAACAAGGUGGUGCUGAAAUUCACCUUGGACAAGAAGCUCAUUGUUGUUGCUGGUCGACAAGCGCACUGUCCAUUAAAACAGACAAGCUUCUUACCAACUGGCAUCCUCUCUGAUGACGAGCAGGCCUCAAGUAUUGCCAAUCAUGUUAGUCUAUCUUCUCCUGAAAGUAUGACAUUCAGUCCCCACGGAGACUUGUAUAUUGUAGAGAGUGACAGUCACCAAAUCAACAGAGUGAGGGUUGUUACAACUGAUGGAAGAAUUCAUCAUUUUGCAGGAGCAAAAUCAAAAUGUGACUGUGAAAAACCAAACUGUAAAUGCUAUGAUUCCAAAGAAACUCUGGCAGCUCAAGCGUUGCUGUACACACCAACAUCAAUAACAGUUACACCCGAUGGCGUGAUGCAUAUAGCUGACAUGGGGAAUUUGCGCUUGUAUUCUAUUGUUUCUGAACUUCCUCAACCUAACUUGCUCAAUCAAUAUGAAGUGAUGUCUCCUGAAACUCAAGAAUUGUAUAUAUUUAACAAGAACGGUCAGCACCAGUAUUCAAUAAACAUAAUGACCAAUCUAUUCAUGUACAACUACACAUACAGUGUCAACUCCUUCUAUGGAAAACUGGUAGAAGUGUCUGAUGCAGCUGGCAACCGCAUCCAAAUUAAACGCAGCUUUGACUUGCAAGCACAGUUCAUUUUGGCACCAGAUGGUUCAAAAUGCAAGAUCAACACAGACAACAUUUACCUGCUGCACCGUUUUAUUGCACCUGACAACAAAUCAUCCACAUUCAAAUAUCUCCCAAGCUCAGGACUGCUGGUUUCCAAGCACAUGUCCAAUGGGAAAACCUACUUUUAUGAGUACGACAUGAUGGGACGACUCCUGAAAGGGAGCCAGCCAACUGGAGAGAUUACUUCAUUGGAGACAGAUGUGAACACAACAGGUUCCAUUGUGCAUGUAACUACUGAUAGCAGUGAUGCAGUCGCGUUGGCUACCUAUGGACGUGUGCAGUCUGUUUUGCAUGUAUUCAAAGAGGACACGAUGUUAAGCGCAGGGAUUGAUCGUGCAGUCCAGACUAAAGUCACAUACCUCCCAGAUGGCGCUGUUGUCAUCGUCUUUCCAUCGAACCUUACUGUUGCCUUGGAAACCAGAGGUCAUCCGAUCCUCGAGAGUAAACACAGGAUGCAUUUCAAGCGGAAAAUGAUCAUUCCAAAUUUGUAUGUGCACAGACUGGAGUGGCGCUUCUACCUUGACCGAUCCGGUCGUCCAAAACAGAACCGCUUACUUGAACGGAUUGGACGUCGAUUGAGGGUAGGGCCAUACUUCUCCCGGCAUGCCAGCAUGCAUGGUUCGCAUGACGACGGAUACAAAGGAAAAGCAUUGCUGAUAAACGGUGUCAACUUGUUGACUGUUGAGUACAACCGGGAGACGAACACAGAAACUGUAAUGGACAAGUCCAUGAGAGACAUAUUAACAGUUGUCUAUGACAACACUGGCCUACCAACCCAUUUCUUGCCCAACACUGGUCACAAUGACUUGAAUAUUAGCUACACCAGGCAUGGAGCCGUAGAGAAAUGGCAAUAUGGUGAACUUACUGAACAACGCAUGUACGAGAAGGGAAUGAUGGUGGAAAAGAUUUCCACAAAUGGCGCUCAAUAUCGGUAUAUUUAUAGUUACGGGCUUAAACCAACUGACAUUAUUCUUCCAAGUGGUAAGCAAUACCGGUUCCAUUAUGAUUCAGAAGGCAAUCUGAUUUCUGUGACAAUGCCCAGCUUAGGAGUGCAUAGAUUUGCUUACGUCACAUCGAUCAGAUUCCAGCGUUAUCUAUACUACCCUCCUAAGGCUCAGUUACCAUUCAUCAAAGACAUUGAUGGAAAUGGAAAGCUGCGGCAGAUCCUGUAUCCAAGUGAACGCAAGCGAGUCAUCUACAGAUAUAACAACCACUUUCAGCCUGUCACUAUUCUGUUUGAUGACUCUCACAUCAGCUAUGGCUAUGACAGUCAGACUGGGAAGCUGAAUAAACUAGAAGCCUUUUACACGGGUUAUGGGUGCCAGUAUCUGUAUUACCACAGCAGUACCUUGAUUAGUAGCAUCGAAGUUCAAUUCCAGCAAGACAGGCAACUUAUCGGUGCCAAAUCUUUCUACAACUAUGACAACAACUUCCGGCUUACUUAUAUGCACAUUGUGUUCACCAAUAACGAGACGACAUCGACUAAUUUCAGCUAUAAUACCAACACUGGGAAACUGGCAAAUAUUAAGCAGUUUAAAGUAAACUGGCCCUUACCUGACAGAGAGAUAAUCUCUGAUGAAAAUGUCAAAAUCAACCGUGAAUAUGACCAUUACGGAAGACUGAAAGACAUUGAGUACAAAUUUAUAGAAGCUCAACGUUUUAAACUUGAGAUCAACUAUGACCAUACAAAUCGAAUUCAUGAAUGGAGACGUAAAAUUGGUCAUGUCAACUCUGAAGCAGUGGAGUAUGUUUAUGAUAUUGAUAACAAUGUUAUUGAUGUAUUAAUUGAUGACAAAAGAGCUUGGCACUUUGGCUACGAUGCCAAUGGAAAUAUAGCCAAAAUCACAACUGAUGGUCGGACAAAAGAACUGCACUUUGAUGAAGCAGAUCAUAUUAAGAAAUACGGGGAAAAAUACUACAAAUUUGACCCCGAUGGUUUCAUGGUACAGCGUAAUAAGGAACACUUGUAUUUUAACUCUCUUGGUCAGUUACGUUCAGUGACGAAAACUGAGGAAUAUAAAGUGUUCUUCUCCUAUGAUCCAAUUGGGAGACUUGUUGUUUUUAAAGACCUUGUAGGCAAUGUACUGCAGUAUUUUUAUCUGGAUGUGGAACAUCCUGAACGAAUAACACACACCUACAAUCAUGGAAAUGGGGACACCACACAAUAUCAUUAUGAUGAACUUGGCCAUUUAGUAAGCAUGGAACGGCGUGGAAAUUCCUAUUAUAUUGCAAAUGACCCAACUGGAACUCCUCUUGUUGUUUUUGACAUCCAAGGGAAUGUUAUGAAACAAAUGAGCUAUGAUCCUCUUGGUUCAGUAACCUCAGACACUAAUCCCCAUUUUGAAUUCUCUUUUGGUUUCCAAGGAGGAAUCCACAAUCCAAUUACAAAACUUUUACACAUUAGAAACCGAGUUUAUGAUCCACAAAUAGGACGAUGGGUCGCACCAGACUUUUCAAAUGUAUUUGAAAAGGUCAAAGAUGCAAUUGAGAAACCAGAGGUGUUAAAUAUCUACCAAUAUCACUUAUUAGUCAAUUUACAUACGAAAAAUCGGAAAUACCCAUUAACAGAUCUUGCCGACUGGCUGCUGCUUCUGGGCUAUGAUGUGCGGAGUUUGGCACCAGAUGUCACUUAUACUGGUGAAAUUCGGGGCCACAAGAAGGGUUGCCAUGACGUCGAGUUGCUACCAACAUCAUCUGCAUUUGAGUGCACUUUCCGCCGUGACAUGGACAACUUACUUAUGAUGUCAACUGUAUCGAGUUCAAAGAUCACACCAAAGCAGCCAACCCCUGUCUUAAAGCCAGCACAUGUUCCUUUCAUUCUUGGGAAUGGAAUCAUUCUAUCAGUGGUUGAUGAGCGUGUUCUUGUAAACUUUGUCGAUAACACCCCAGAGAUCUUACGUAAAACUGCCAGUGUUUUGUUGAACAAUUCUGAUAUUAUCGAUAUGCACUUCACAAUUAAAGGCAAAGCUAUCCACUACUUUGUCAAAGUUGAUACCAAUCAGGCUGACAUGGAUCUUGGAAGUCUUAAUUUACGGGGCAAGCCGGUGGUUUUCAUGGAAAAUGGUAUCAACAUAACAGUUCACAAGAUCCAACAUACUGACGGCUUUCACGCAAGAAGCCACGAGGAAAUCGACAUUCGGUUGCACGGCAACUACAGUAUCAUGAACAUUCGGUAUGGAACUGAUGUAACUCACGAGAAGCACCGGGUUUUGCAGCAUGCUAAAGAGCGUGCUGUAAUGCAUGCUUGGGCUCGGGAGAAAUAUUGGCUGCAGAAUAGCUUGCCAAGUGAAUACCUUUGGUCCGAGCAAGAGAAAUAUGAAAUCAAAACUGUAGGUUAUGCUGAAGGAUAUAUAGGGAUAUACAUUCGAAAUCCUGAAGAAUAUCCAGAGCUUGCUGAUGAUUGCAAUAAUAUUAGGCUGCUUAAAAGGACAAGAUAAAAUAAUAAUAAUAAUAAUAAUGAUAAUUAUUAUUCCUUAUUUUGUAAAGAAAUAAAAAAAAAAAUGCAGUAAAAAAAUUUUAAAAAUUAAAUAAAGACAAGAUAAAAUGAAACAAAAUAAUUGCAGAACCAACAAUAGAGACAACUUUAAAGAAAAAAAAAAUAUAAAUUUAAAAAAAAUAAUAUAAAAAUGAAACCAAAAGAUUUUUAAAAUGUGACAAUAACACCUGCGAUAUAUAAAACAUUUACUAAAUGUAUGUGUGUGUGUGUGUGUGUGUGUGCAUAUAUGCAUGCAUGUAUGUGUGUGUAUAUAUAUAUAUAUAUAUAUAUAUAUAUACACAUAUGUACAUAUGCACAUCAUAUACAUGUCAUAUAUCUACAUACAUACAUAUGUAUGUAUGUAUGCAUCAAACAAUGUUGUAUGAAUAUAUAUACAUACAUGCAAAUACAAAUCAAAAUACAUCUAUAAACAUGCAGAUGUUACAGAGAAAAAAAAACAAGAUAUUGCUUAUUUGUGAAAGGAAGAGAUAAAAUACCAUAAACUAAUGAAAGUGGUGUGUGCGAGUGAGCGUGUAUAGAUCUGUAUAUAUAUAUAUAUAUAUAUACACACACACAUAAUGUGUGUGCAUGUAAAGAUAUGUAUAUGUGCAUAUAUGUAUAUGUAAUAAAAAUGUAGGCAUGUGUGUGUGUGUGUGUAUAUAUAUGUGUACGUGUAUAUAUAUAUGUAUAUAUAUGUUUGUGUAUAUAUAUAUGUACAUAUAUGUAUGUGUGUAUAAAUGUAUAUAUAUAUAUAUAUAUACACAUACAGAUAUAUAUGAACUUGGGAUGCAAAUUAAACAACAAUUAGUAGAAUUUAAAAUGAUAAAAAGACAUUUUUUAUAGUCUUGUUUUCAUUUCAUGGAGGAGAUUUUGGGUUUGACAGAACCAGUGUAUGCUUGAGUGAGAGAGAGAGAGAGAGAGAGAGAAAGAGAGAGAGAACAAAUGAGUGAAUGAACGUCAAUGCUGAGAUAUUUCAGAAGUCUCUUUUUCUUCUUUUAUUUUUUCCAAAGAAAACAUUUUUUUCCAACUUAAGGGGAGAAGAAAAAGAUUAAAUUAAUUGAAAUAAACUAAAACUAUUAAAUGAUUUUUAAAAAAAAGAGAAAGGGAAAAUUGUGAGGAAAAAAUUCCUAAAAUUUUUCCAAUGCACCUCCCAAAAACUAUUCCCCUCCAAUUGAAUCCCCUAUUUGCCCUUGUUUACCACGACCUAGAACAACCCCAUCCCACUACCGCUGCUGCUGCUGCUGCUGCUGCUGUCACAACUACCAUGGAAGAAAGGAGGAAGAAAAUUAAAUAAAUCCAAUAACAAUUCUAUUUUUUUUAUUUAAUUUUUGGUGGGAUUAAAACAGCAUCACCAGUAAAUGAUGAAGUACAAAACAGCUACACCAUGAACGUCAGCACCACCACUACCAACAACAACAACAGCAACAACAACAACAACAAUUGCACUAAUAAAAAAGAAGAGCAAGAUGAAUAAAAACUGCAAACAACGAGAACAACUCUGAUUAAUGAAACUGGGAACAGGACUAAAUGGAGGAGGUUUAAAAUUAAUUAAUUAAUUAAUAAAAUGAAAAAGAAUAAUUAGUUGAAGUAAACACCACAAACAUCAGCUAUAAUAAUAAUAAUAAUAAUAAUAACAAUAAUAAUAAGUACAAUAUGAGCCAUGAUAUUGAGUAAUAUUAAAAUGAUCUUGUAUUAAGAGAAACAGAGAGAGGGGGGGAGAGAGAGAGCAGUUGCCCUUUUGUAGCUACUUCUGCAAAUUGGAAAACCUUCCCGUAAAAUGUGAUAUAAACAUUCUACAGUUCUUCCAGCUACACAAACACACAUAUAUAUACACACGUUCACGCACACGCAUAUAUAUACACACAUGCUCACGCACAUAUAUAUGGUGAAUAUACAUGUGUGUGUAGAUAUAUAUAUACAUACAUUAUGGAUACAUAUGUGUGUAUAUAAACAUAUGUAUAGUGUAUAUAUAUAUAUAUAUAUAUAAUGGAUGCACAUAUAUGUAUGUGUGAGUACACGCAUAUGUAUAUACAUAGAGAGAGAGAUGGGAAGAGAUAGAAAGAGAUAAUAUGUAAGUGGUAGGUUUGUGUCUGUGUAUAGAUGUGUGUGUGUGUGUGUGGAGGGGGUUUGUGUAAAUGUGUAUACACAGCUGCAUGCACACACACACACACAGAGCCAUCUUCUGAUUGCUUUCUCCUGAUUCUGACAUAAUCCUCCAAACUCUGUUCUUUAUCUUUCUUAUCACCAUCAUCACCAUCACCACCACAACCUACAUUUUCUUCCUCCCAUCCCCCCCUCCUCUAUGCAACAACUACUUACUCACCCCUUUCUCUUUUCUCUCUCCCUCCAUCAACCUAUUCACUAAACAUGUGUUUACCUCUUCUGUUAUUGCUGUUUCUUGCUAACAAUGCCAUUUUAUGAGCUUUCUUUCUCUCUGGAUUGCUUCAAACUGUUUACUUGUCUAUGACUGUGUGCAUGAGCUUUCAUAGGUCUGUGUCUGUCUAUCUAUUUAUAUACAUACAUACAUAUGAAUAUCUGAAUCAAGUGAGAUUAAAUCUGGAUGUAUCUAACUCCAAGUUCAAAAUUUAAUCCAAAUUAUCUCACCUUGUUUUAGAUUCUGAUGUGUCUUUGCCUCAUUUUUACCCCUACCCAGGUACACUCACCUGAUAAACAAAGGAUGAAAGGUAGGCAUUGAGUGCAGGAACAAGUGUUUGUGUAUUUAGGGGAAAAAGAAUGCAGAGGAAGGAGCAGUAUUUCGCACAUUCUGGCUUCAUUCUCUACACAAUCAACAAUGCAGAUUACAUCUGCUACAUGUUCACUUUAUAUAUGUAUAUACAUGCACAUACAUGUAUAUAUGUAUGUAUAUAUAUAUAUACACACACGCAAAUAUAUGAUGAUGGGUGUAUUUUGUUCAGAUAUAUGUAUAUAUAAUAAGUUCAUGUACAAGCACACACAGACACACACUUGUGUGCGAAUAACUGGGGGGAGCACUGUAUGAAUGUAAACUCUCUUGUUGCUAUUACGCUCUUCUUAAUUUUCCCUUAUCAGUUUCUUCAUCAUCAUCGUUUUUAUUAUUAUUAUUAUUAUUAUUAAGCAGAUUUGGUAAUAAAUUGGACAAAUGUUUUAGCAGCAGUUCUUAUAGCUCUUUACAUUCUGAGUUCAGAUAAGGCAAGGUCCACUUUGCCUUUCCUUCUUCCAGAGGUGAUAACAUUAAGUACCUGAUAAAUACUGUGGUUGAUAUAAUUGACUAAUCCACUACUGCUAGUGUUGCUGGCCUUGUGUCAAAAUUUGAAACUAGUUAUUACUAUCAUCAUCAUCAUCAUCAUCAUUAACCUGAGGUCCAUAUAAUAUGAGAAUCAUUUAAAAUUAUUUCUGCUCAUCUAUGAAUUUAUAGGUUUGUGCUAUUAUUAUUAUUAUUGUAAAUAUCAUCAACACAAAUCACUGCAUCAUCAUCAUCAUUGUCAUUAUCAUUAUUGUUAUCCAGAUUGGCAGGUAGAUAGGUGAGGGUUUAACUGAUAAAAGAGGGCUAUCUAUUGAAAUUCAGGCAUUCAUUUUUGCUUAAACUAUAAACAAAUAUAGACACACACACACA